CGGGUCCGCGUCCUGGCCCGAACCCGCCGGGUGCCAUGGAGAUCCCUCACUCCUAGUCCUCUCGCCGCCGAGUGCCCCAUCCCCCUCGGUCGUCUUCCUCCUCGCGCACGGCUGACUCCAGUAACGCAAGCGCUGCCGCCGCCGGUUGUUUGAUUCUCUCGCUCUCGGCCGUUUCUCCUCCCAUCACCCCACGAACCGAUUCUCGAUUCUGCCCUUUAGCUCCCCGUUUCGUCUCCUUAAUCUCUCCGAUUCGUAACUGAGGCAAAAAUCAAGGUAGAGCGGCCACCCUACUGGAGUACUGGGACCUCUGCCCAUGAUGCUCAACAUUAAGUCCGAACCCGCAAUAAGAGAAGAGGAAAUUCAGCAAACUGAGGAGGAUGAACAGAGGAUAAAGAAACACCAAGCUGUACUUGCAGCACGUAUAAAGGCCAAAUACUUCUCUGACAAAGCUUUUGAUGGAGGAAAAAUCUUUGAAGCAGAAACCGUUGUUGAAGGUGAAACUAUCCAGUCAAGCAGGUGGCCAUGUACAAGUUCAUUUGCAAACCCAGUAAAUUUUAUCCGAGACAAGAACAGCAAUGAGGGAAGCCAUUCUCCAUCUUUUGCAGCAGAAUCCUCUACCAAGAACAGUUCUCCAUGUGUAGCAGCUGAAGCCUCACCAAAGAAUAAUGGAAUUGCUCUGGCAACAGAAAACAGUCUAACAUCUGGCAAGAAACAGCCAUCCAAGGAGACCUGAUGGGAUAAUGGUAGGCUAGCGGGGUUGUAUUUUCCUCUGAAGUCAGAAGGUAUGCAGCCUGAAGCAUGUAAGUUGUCAUGAGAAAGGAAAAUUCUCCCUGCAGAUCUUUGUAUGCGGUGCUAGAUUCAUUUCAUUGAACCUGUUCCAGCAGCGUCUUUUGCCAAGAAUUGUUGUAUUCUUGAUAUUUGCUCUGAGGUAACAUAGCACAUUCGUGGUGAAACAUUAAUCGGUUGGUAUUCUGAAUUUCGCUAUGCAA